AUGGAAUCUCGAAAAUUUUGGUUUUUCUGUGAUGAUGAUCUGUUAUCUCAAUGGAUCAUUGCUCCUUUCCAAGUUCAGAUCAGUCCUACAGAAAUCAUCACAUUCAAUUGUUCAGAGCAGUACAUGAUGUAUCGCAAAGCAAAACUCUUUGGAGAUGAUGAGACAGCAAAACAAAUAUUGCAAACCACAGAUCCUGUCCAACAAAAAGAAUUGGGAAGGAAAGCCAAAGGAUUCAACGCUGAAUUGUGGGAUAGCAACAAGGAAAAAAUCGUCUACGAAGGAAAUUAUUAUAAAUUUUCGCAAAAUCAUGAGUUAAGAGAGAAAUUAUUCCGAUUAGGAAAUGUGGAAUUUGUGGAAACCAAUCCUGAUGAUUCAAUAUGGGGAAUUGGACUUUCAGAUAAUGAUGAACGCAUACAUGACAAAUCUCAAUGGAAGGGGUUGAAUUUACUUGGGAAAAUAUUGACACAGGUCCGAGAUGAUUUAUUACUACUGAUUGAAAGACAACGAUAG